CUUCCUGGGCCAUGGCGGCCACCACGGUGACGGAAUCCAGUGGCGUGAGGAUCAUCACGGAGGUGAUCCCGGCCACGGAUCCGCGGGCGGCACAGCUGGCGUUGGGAUCCGGGGAAGCUGCGCCUGCCAGGACAUCGCUCCCAGUCCAAGGCUUCCGGAGGGCUCAUCCCAAGGUGUUGGGGACCAUCCACAUCUUCACCGGGAUCAUCCACAUCUUAUUCGGGAUCAUCCUGACAGCGUCGGAGCAUGGAAACCCUUCCCUGCCUGUGGCCAGCGGGAUCUUCUUCUGGCUCGGGGUCCUGCUCCUGGCCUCGGGAUCUUUGCUAGUUGAAAGUGAAAAGAGAGACAACCUUGUGCUGGUGCGGACCUGCUGCGUGCUCAACGCGGGCGUCGCCCUCGGGGCGCUGGUGGCCACCGCGGUGCACGGCACGGCCAUCACGCGGCUCCCGCCUGGCUGCGAGCGCCGCUGGCCCCUCCACAUCCCACAAUGGUGCCUCAGCGCCCACAGCAAGAUCCUGAGCAACGGGCUGGAUUCCACCUUCGUGCUCCUCAGCCUCCUGGAAUUCUGCGUGGCCGUGGCGGCCCUGGCGUUCGGAUACGAGGCCGCCCGGCAGCACAGCUACACCCACAUGGCGCUGUAGCGAUGGACAACUCUCGCCCUCCGCCCUCCAAGGACCACCGGAC